AUGGCGGCUCUCGCUGGUCUGAGCAGCAGCAUGGCGGCCAUGCAGAUUACAUCUUCGGCCAAAAGCGGCCUCUUCGGCACAUCACUAGCAGCCAAGCCCAUGACUGCCCAGCCUCAUGCGGCGCCAUCAGUCAUUCGCAUGGCUAUCAAGCGGUGGGAGCGCAAGGAGGUGAAGGACAACAGCCUGCCCGUGCGCCACAAGCUGCACGUGCAAGUGGGCGACACCGUGCAGGUGAUAGCGGGCAGGGACAAGGGCAAGGUGACAGAGGUGGUGCGCGUGAUCAACCACAACUUGAGCGUGCUGUGCCGGGACAUCAACAUCAAGACCAAGCACGUCAAGGGCAAGUCCGAGGGCGAGGCCGGCCAAAUCAUCCAGAUUGAGGCGCCGAUCCACAGCUCCAACGUGAUGCUGUACUCGAAGCAGCAGAAGGUGACGAGCCGAGUGGGCCACAAGGUGCUGGACGAUGGCCGCAAGGUGCGGUACCUUCUCAAGACAGGCGAGGUCCUUGACCAACCCGGCGAAUGGAAGCGCACCGCCAAGAAGGAAAAGAAGGACAAGCCCAAGGGUGACUCGUCGUAA